AUGGCAGUCCAACAUAGCAUUGGUCCUUACAAGAAGAACCUUGAAGGCGUAUGUAUAACGAGUAAACUGAAGCAACUAUGGAGCGAUUGCUAUGAGAAUACUUCACUGACGGCAACAAGUACAACGGAAGGAAAUGCGUCAUCGUCAAUCCACGAACUGCAAUCAGAAAAGGAGAAAGCAAUGCGAUUGGUUCGCAAACACGGAAAUCCAAAGCAGACAAGAGUAAAAUAUGUUCCUUUUGAAAUACUGAGGGCUUUGGAACUGUUGGUGGAAGACGGCGACCAAUUGGAGAACGGACUACGAGGAAGCUCAUUGUAUUUUACACCUCCACCACAACCACAAGAAGAAACUGACGAGCAGAGAAGAUACAGGCUACGGAUUGAUCGUCUGAAAUUAAGGAGGGAAGAAACCAAGUACAGCAAACUCACAAGUAACUUGCAAUCGAAGAGGAACGAAGAUGACAUCACCGCAAAAUCAAUGACAUAUGCUGCUUCGGUGGGACUGAAUAUGAUCAUUGCUCCUUUAUCGUUCGGAUGUUUCAUGUAUUUCUUUGCUGGUGGAAUUUUUGAUUACCUGUGGGGAGAUAACGCCUCUUCAAGAACACCAGGGGGGACUGACAUUAAGCGUGUCAUUGUUGGUGUUGUCAGUGGAGUAAUCAUGCUCUUUAUCGAAAUGAUCCUAUUCGUGAUCCGAACACAUGAAUUCGAAGUACACCAGAGGCGAAAGCAAAAGAAAAAGGGGGGUGUACAACCGUUUGGUGUCUAUUCGAAGAAAAUAUCUGAUCCGGUUGCGCUGCAUGGAAGACCUUUGAAAGAGGACUAG